UGCUCGCGCUUAUAAUGUUCGGCUAAUUGGUUAGCAUGUGAACCUGGGUCUUUGUAUGUUACAUUAACAUAUAACUAUAGUUACUAAUUUACUCGUUAUUUGCCAGUUACAAAACAUUAAAAACAACGAAAAGUGACCGUUUUAUGAAUAAAUUUAUGAAUAGAAGAUAUAUAAUAUAUAUAAUAUAUAAUAGCUAGCUGACGAGUUUCUCAACAUGAACUGGGUAGGGGGUUGGCGAAACCACACUAUGAAAGGCAGCGACACAAGAAAACAGAGGGAGUUUUUUGAAAAGAAAAGAAUGCAGAACAGACACAAUCUCUUGGUAUCUCCAUCAGCAUCACAUAAGAAAGACAAUGUUGGCAACAUGGAUUUGCUCACAAUGUUCAUUGUGAACCAAAUCGCAUUAAAGAAAGAACACACCGUUAACCCCAGAUUUACACAUUUGCCUAAAUCAAAAAGAGUUCAGAAAUCGGAGAGUGGAAAGCCUUUAGAGCUGCCAAUGAGUCCGUGUUCUCCUUCAUGCUUAAACCUGACAGAAAGCGAAUCCCACUGCAGUGACCAAACACUGGGUUUGAAUAAGAGAAAACAUCUUCUAGACGAAUUCAAGUUCAAGACGCUGUCACCACUGGUGGAAAGCAACCUGUCUGACAACAGUGCUUCUGCAUGUCAGCGUCAAAUUGAUGGCGGUGUCAGUUCCUUUUCUUCAGCUUCACCAUCCUUAGCAGAAGCCUUCCACCUCCAACCAAGGCCCACUAUACACAUCUCUCCUCAUCCAACAACAGAAUCAUACAGCACAAUAAAUCUUCAGCCAGUGGGGUUGUGCGAGAAUAAUCCUUGGGCAGUGUCUUAUCAAACAGAGGCCUCCGAGAUCAGUUUUGCAGGUGGAGUCCAGUUUGGAAGCACCUUACAUAGAGAAAGCAGUGGGCCUUCCAUACACUCUGCUGAAAUUCCACUUAAUCAUUUAGAGACGAAUGACCAAGAGGAAAUGCAACACUUUAUUGGACUUAAUGGAGGUAAAGAAAUUUCUGAAUAUAGGAAAAUAAAGCACCAUCUUCAGAAGGAAUCACCAUAUCCCCCUACAAGAUCUCAUGAUUUCAGUGAAUCAUACAACACAGACCACAGUAUUCAUUUCUACUCUCAGCACAUGUCUGGAUGUGUUGACUGUAGACCCUGCAAGGUACACAGAACUGUCUCAGAGCAUUCCUGUCAAUCACCAAGAAUGUUUUAUCAGGGAGAGGGCUUUGUCACUUCAGAAGAUGUAACAAACUCGGUUCCAUCUCUCAGAUACGUGAAAGAGGGAAAAAAGCAGGAUGGUGAUUCUUACAUGCUCCACUCUAAGGACAUUCUGACAUCAAGCCAUCAAGCAACUCCAUCAGGGAUAAGUGCUCCGACAAGAGUUAUGACCUUCAACCAGAAGGUGAUGCGUAAGCAUGAACAUAAUGAGAGAGAGAGUAAAGCCCAUGGGGAUUUAAAAACCUUAAGAUGGCCUAUUCGUGAGCAGAAUUGCGAGGAGGAUCAGUUUGUUCCCUCUUGUCUGCAGACUAAUACAAAGAGCAAUAAAACGCAUCGAAAAGCAUCUCCCAGGACACAAGACAAGGCAGCACAAACUGCACAUUUUUCCAGUUUGACUUCUAAGGAUGCUUCAGUGCAGUGUUGCCUUCUGAAACCAGCUAGGAUGAGUAUAUUCACCAAGCCUACAGCUCACAUUCACCACAGUAGAACAAACAAAGCUGCCACUAGAAGGCAGACUCGUCACAGUAGUGAAAAUUGUGGCGGUAAUCAGUUUGCUCACUCAGAAGUCCAUAAGAUGAAGUGGAAGACAUCCUGGAUGACGUCGCAAAGGAAAAAUACAAACCAGGGUCCAGAAUCAAUCAAAGCACAUGAAAGUUUGGGCAAAUCGAAGAGUCAGGCAUUUAUGAUAAAACAUCCAUUGCCACACUGCUCUCACUCAAAUGCCCCAGAGCUAAAGGAGCAGCUAUCAGAGAAGAUGGUGUCAAGAAGUGAAAGGUGUGAAGGUCAUGAGGAGUAGAGUGUGAAUUAAAACCCCACUGUGAACUCCAGCUGCACAGGCGAACACAACGAUGCAUUUACUGCUGAAACAGGUGAAGACAGGAUCCGAGGGAAAGGGAAAUCGUAAUGAAAUCCAGACCUUCUGCUCAUGCUGAAGCAGAAAAAUAGGCAUCCAAGGAAAUGUGAGAUGAUUCAGAUCUGUUUUGUAUCUGUUAACAUUUUUUAUCAGAGGGUUGAUACAGUAGUAUCACAUUUUGGGUUGUUGAGUAUUUUUGAAAUCAAUACUGCAAACUAAAAGCUUACUUCAAACAGUGGACAACUUUUUAUUGUUUUAAAUAUUCAAAUGUCAUGAAUAUUUAAUAGAAUAUAAAUCUAGCAAAACAUUUAGAGCAACAAUAAUUAAAUUAACAUUAUACACAUAUUUAUAGUCACUAGUUUCUCGUUGAUCGUAAAAACACAUAAUAAUAAUAGUAAUAAAAGUACUAAUUUUAUAUUUUAACAUAGAAAACACACAUCCAAACUUAAUAGAUAGAUUAGAUCUCUUUCCUCAAAGUAACACACUGACUUAUUGACUUUGAAGCAUUCUCAAGUUUUAAAUGCAUUCUAAAACAUAUGGCACACCCUAACAUCUGGUCAAUAAAACUCUGUCCCAAUAAACUGACAUUAAUAUACUUUC